AUGCCAGUUGACCCUAUUAAUAAUCAACCGCCUUCGUGUGUGAGAUGCAACAAAUCAAUCGCAUCUAGCCAGGUAUACGAGUUAGAAAGUAAAAAGUGGCAUGACCAAUGCUUUACAUGCUACAAAUGUAACAAAAAAUUGAAUGCAGAUUCUGAUUUUUUGGUUCUAGAUAUAGGUACAUUAAUUUGCUACGACUGCUCAGAUAAAUGUACAAGCUGUGGAGACAAAAUAGACGACACGGCAAUUAUACUGCCCUCCUCAAACGAGGCCUACUGUUCUAAUUGUUUUAGAUGUUGUAGGUGCAGCAAGCGUAUAAAAAACUUGAAGUACGCAAAGACAAAACGAGGACUAUGUUGUAUGGAUUGUCACGAGAAGUUGUUGAAAAAGAAACAGCUAUUACUAGAAAAGCAAACAAAAGAUUCGCCGAGAGAUGAUUUUUCCAUGAAGCUUCCCGAAAGAUCAGUUAAAAGGCCUUUGUCGCCCACCAGAAUGAAUGGUAAAUCAAAUGUCAGUAUAAAUAACGCCGCGAUAAACCAGAACCUUGUAGGCUCGCAUGAAGGACAACAGCUCACUCCACAAGUUUUAGUCUCACAAGAAAGAGAUGAAUCAUCGUCGAAUGUAAGUAAUGAUAAUGACAACAGCAAUGAUGGGGAGGAAAGAUCUUCCCACGCAAGGACAGUUUCUAUUGACGACAUUCUGAAUUCUACUUUGGAACACGAUAGUAAUAGUAUUGAAGAGCAGAGUUUGGUGGAUAAUGAGGACUACGUCAAUAAAAUGGGUGAAGAUGUGACUUAUAGGCUGUUAAAGCCUCACAGAGCUAAUCAGAAUUCUACAGUGGUAAAGGAUCCUAAAACUCCGAAUUCGAACUCCAAUGCAAAUAGAUUCUAUUCAAUAUAUGAUAAAGAAGAGACUGACAGAGACGAUGCUGACGGUAAAGAGAAUGAAGGCAUAGUCAAUACACCCAGAAAUAGCACUGAUAAAAUCACAAGUCCUUUGAACAGCCCUAUGGCUGUGCAAAUGAACGAAGAAGUCGAGCCUCCUCAUGGAUUAGCAUUAAAUUUAUCAGAUACUAGCAAAGAAAACAACAAACUCCCUCAAGGUAUGCAAACGUUAACUUCCAAAUCCAUGAAUCAUAUUUCCCCUGUUGCAAGAACAGAUACUGUGGAAAUGAAAUCGUCUACAUCUUCAUUUACAUUGCGUGUGUCUGAUAAUGGAAGUUCCAGUAGACCUCAAACAUCAGACAACUUACAGGCGCACAAAAAAGUAGCGCCGUCACCAAACAAAAAGCUUUCAAGAUCAUUUUCUUUAAAGUCCAAAAAUUUUGUUCACAACCUGAAAAGUAAAACCUCGGAAAUGCUGGACUCAAAGCAUCCUCAUCAUAAUGCUUCAAUACAGGAAUCGGACACUCAUUCUGGCUGGGGUGUUUCCUCUACUCAUACAAACAUAAGAAAAUCAAAAACCAAAAAAAAUCCAGUAUCAAGAGGCCAAAGUGACAGUACGAUAUAUAAUACUAUACCACAACAUGAUAAUUUUACGGUGCCAGAGUUUAAUCACAAAAAAGCGCAAAGCAGCCUUGGAAAUAUACCCAAAAAGCAAAAUUCUAACGACUUGGCCGCUAACAGACGUAUAAAUGGCUCGUUUCCAAGUUCAAGCUCGGGGCAGCAUAUAGCGAUGUUCCGUACGCCGCCUUUAGAAUCAGGCCCCUUGUUCAAGAGACCAUCUCUGUCGUCUGAAUCCACACACCACAGAUCUUCUAGCUUACAGACAUCAAGAUCCACCAACGCAUUGUUGGAAGACGAUUCCACGAAAGUGGAUGCUACCGAUGAAAAUGCCACAAGUUUGGAAAAGGAUUUUUACUUUACAGAGUUGACUUUAAGGAAGUUAAAAUUAGACGUGAGGGAACUAGAAGGCACGAAGAAAAAAUUGUUGCAAGACGUGGAAAAUCUUAGAUUAGCGAAAGAGAGACUGUUAAAUGAUGUUGACUAUUUGACAAGAGAGAAGGACAAACAAUCGGCAUCGUCCCGGGAGUCCUUGGAACAAAAAGAAAACAAUGUAACAGUAAUUGGAGUAAAGUCACCAAAUGCAAAUUCCGACAGAAAAGGGAGCAUAUCUAAUGCCAGUCCUAAACCACGAUUCUGGAAAAUAUUUUCCAGCGCUAAAGACCACCAGCCAGGCGACCUGGAAUCUCAGCAGCGUUCGCCAAAUUCAUCUUCAAGUGGAAUGACAAAUAUGGCCCAGAAAGAAAUAUCAACACCCAAAUUAAUUCGGGCACACGAUGAGUUGCCUUCACCAGGUAAAGCACCACUAUCACCAAGCCCAAAGAAAUUAGAUUAUACCCCUGAUGGUUCGCAUUUAUAUGGAUCAUCACUACAAGCUCGGUGUGCGUAUGAAAGAAGUACUGUUCCAAUGAUUAUUGAGUGCUGCAUUGACCACAUUGAAACAGAUGAUGUAGGACUGAACAUGGAAGGCUUAUACAGGAAGUCGGGCUCGCAAACUUUGGUUGAGGAGAUUGAAAAUGAAUUCGCUCAGAAUAAUUCUUUACAUGGUGAUAGGUUGAGUCCCAAAUUGAACGCUUUACUGAAUCAAGAUAUUCAUGCAGUUGCCAGCGUAUUAAAACGAUAUUUGAGAAAACUACCAGAUCCAGUUUUAUCAUUUUCCAUAUACGAUCCCUUGAUAGAUCUAGUUAGAAGUAAUCAACUAAUUGAAAGGCUACCAUUAAACAGCGGCGACUUCCUGGAUUCGCCACAGAAAAUGACUUUUUAUGAAACGGUCCUCAAAAACCUGCAUGAAAUUUUCAAUAUUCUACCCGUAGAGCAUCAGGAAGUGCUGAAGGUGUUGGCAGCACAUAUCGACAAAGUGCGAAGGUACAGUGAAAGGAAUUUGAUGAACUUACAUAAUUUAUCGUUAGUUUUUGCACCAAGUCUAAUCCACGACCUUGACGGUGAAAAGGAUAUUGUGGACAUGAAGGAGAGGAAUUAUGUUGUGGAAUUUAUACUCGGGAACUAUAGAGACAUAUUUAAGCAGACAUAA